UAUUGAACAAAUAUUCAAACUGAAACUUUGCAGCUUUUUGUACACAAAAAAAGAGGAAAGUUAAUUAUUAGCAAGAAAGAUCCAAUUGGGGGGCUACCUGAGAACACACAAAAAUAUGGUUACAAGGAUGAAAAUUGCUCUAGUCUUGGUAGCUAUUUUGGCGGUGUUGCCGGGGAAUAUAGUAGCAGUUGAUCAUGUAGUUGGUGAUAGUAUGGGCUGGACAAUUCCCUCAGGUGGCCCUAUAUCUUAUCCAAAUUGGGCUUCAGGACGUACCUUCAGAGUUGGUGAUAUUUUAGUGUUCAACUUUACAACUGGAGCACAUGAUGUAGCCAAAGUGUCAAAGAGUGCAUAUGAUUCUUGCAGUUCCACUGGUCCUGUUACACUUAUUACUGUUGGACCAGCCAAUAUUACUCUAAAUUCAACAGGAACUGAGUAUUUCAUUUGUACUUUUGGCCAACAUUGUAAUGCUGGCCAAAAACUAGCUAUCAAUGUUACAACAUCUUCUACUACUACUCCUAGCCCUGCCCCAUCCCCUGCUACCUCCCCUGCUCCAUCACCCGUCCCGAACCCUACCCGUGCACCAACCCCAAUGCCAACUCCAACGCCAAGUCCAUCACCAUCAACCGGACCAUCCGGACCAUCUCCUAGUCCUAGUGGUGGUGCAGGAACUUCACCAUCGUCUGCACCACCACCUGGACCAGUCACACCGGGGGCUACUACUCCUUCAUCCGGGGCACCAUCCGAUGGUCUAAUUCCUCCACCGCCUCCAAGCUCUGCCCCGCGAAGCGUUUUUGCUCCUGCCUUGAUCAUGUUCAUGUCCAUUGCUAUUAGUAUCAUGUGGUAGAUUCAUGUAUUUAUUUAUUUAUUUAUCGAGAGGACUUUUCGUUACGAUGAUUUUAGUGUUUGUAUAACUUUUUACAUGAGUUGAGAUCAUUAUUGGACAUGGUCAUUGUAUACUUGUAAUAUUGUUCAUUGAUUUGAGUAAUUAGUGAUUGUGUGAGUUUUAAUAA